GGAACCAACUGGCAAACAAUUACUUUUACAGAUGGAAUGUAUUCCUACUCAGAUAUCAAUGAUUACAUUCAUCAAUAUAUGUCUCAAAAGUCUCAUCACUCAACAGAUUCAAGUGGAAAAAAGACUUAUUCAAUCAAUCUAACUUUUAUACUAUCUACCUAUAGAGUGUUAGUAUCACUUGAAGGUGAUUAUCAACUUGAUCUGAGAGGAACAGAAUUUGGAGACCUGAUUGGAUUUGAAAAGAAACUUAUUACAAAAACAGAGUAUGGAUCAAAACUACCAAAUAUCACAAAUUCGAUUGAUGUGUUAAAUAUCAACACAACCGCAAUAACUAAUAGCAUUGUAAAUGGAUUAAAUACAAAUAAUCUUGCUGUGAUACCAACCGAUAAUCUUACAAGGUCUUAUCCAUUUACUUUCGAACCUAAAAGAACAUUGUAUUGUCCUUUAUCAGCGUUUAACAUUGAUGAAAUGAGAAUCUAUGUUACAGACUCACUUGGAAGACCUGUAAAUUUUAAUGGUAUUGAUUGGUUUAUGACUUUGAUACUUCACUCGAUGUAAGCGUGGGAACCUACGGUUCCCCCUGCUCCCCCCUCCCUUGGAUAAGAUAAUAAUCAUUUUGUAUAACUAUUAAAAUAAAAUGAUGCGACAAUCAGAGUUUAAAAAGAAACUUGACCCUGAAUUGGGUAGAUAUACAAGACAACAUAUUUAUGAAGAAGGAAUAACAGAUGUGCUUAAAUCUGUUGGAUCAAAAAUAUUUGGAAAGACAAUGAAAAAAACAGUCAAAUCAGCCGCUAAAAAAGGCGUUGAAAAAGCACUAACAUCAGCCGCAACAAAAACCGGUGAACAUGUUGGCAAAAAGGCCGGUGAUAAAAUAGUGCAAAUGUUAUCAAAAGGGAGGGUUGAACCCCCCAGAAACCCCCCUUCUAAAAAAGUUACUUUUAAAACAACUCCAAACGGGUGGUACCCCCGAAACCCCCGUGCAAAAAAAAUGACUCAACAAGAAAUAAAUCAAAGAGUGAAUUCUAUUCUUAGUGGUGGAAAAAUUAUAUAAUUAUUAAAAUAAAAUGAAGUCCUUUAAAAAUCCAGAAUAUUUAGAAAGAUAUGAAGAUGUUGUUUUUGACCUUGAACAGGCUUUAGCAACACCUGGAAAUGGUGCUCACCAAACUAAAACAGGUCAUAGAUUUGUUGCUGAUAAUACAGGUGAGGCUACUCCAUUUGAUUGGUAUAACGCGCGAUUAUCAGUAGAUUUAAAAGUUAAUCAGCUUGCUGCUGGAGCUAAUAUAGAUGCAGAUGGACACCAAAUGGGAAUAGUAAAUGGUAGUUCCAGUCUCAUAGAAAAGUUAACAAUACUUGCAAAUGGUAGAGAUGUUUAUAGUUGCAACUAUGCUAAUCAUGUAGUAAAUAUUAAAAAUUUACUUGAGUAUAAUCCUUCCUAUGUUGAUAGUGUAGCUACAAAUGAAUUUUACUAUCUUGAUACAACAAGACACGCUGAAAGAAUAGAAUUUACUAUAAAUAACACAAGCGUCACUGGAGGAGCAAAUGUUGUUAAGGGGCGAGUUGCUAAUUAUAACAAAGGUUUUUCAAUAAGAAAAGCAUUACUAGGCGACUCAGCAACAGUGCGAUGUGAAAUUCCCCUCAACAGAUAUCCUUUCUUUGAGGCAUUAGAAAACAAACUUCUUCCAAAUACAAAAAUUGAAUUAAAUAUUGAAAUAGAAUCAGAUGGUAAUCUUAUCUGGCAAGCUGGUGGAAAUGAAUGUAGAGUUAUACUAACAAGAUUUCAACUAUUUGUUCCAAGAAUAACAUUUAACUCAAAAGGACAAGAAAUAUACCUGAAAAAUUAUCUCAAACCCUACAAAUGGGUUUACCUAAAUGAAAUAGUAGAGCGAUCAAAUAACUCUCAACAGCAAACAGGUCAUUUCAGAAUUACAAAUGCUAUAUCAAAACCUCGCCAUGUCUUUGUUUUUGCGAUUAACACAGCUAAUAUUAGUUCUCAAACAGCAAAUCCAUUCCUUUACAACACUUUUAAUUUACCAAACAAUGCUAAUAUAUCUCGAUGUUAUCUUGAGGUUGGAAAUGGAAAUGAAUACCCUGAUAUUCACUUUAAACCAGCUACAGAUCCAGCAAGAGUUUUUAGAAAUGUAAUGUCAUACGUAUAUGCAAAUAAUGACUUUCAAGGUGGAACAUUACUUAAUAGAAGUAAUUUUGAAAAUUUAUUUCCUUUUGUUUAUUUUGAUCUUACAAAACAAAAAAUGGAUAUCAAAGACGGGGUUACAAAACUUGCAUUUCAUUAUGAGUUAUCUGCUAAUCCAAAUGCCGAUUAUAAUAUUUACGCUCUUGUACUUCAUGAGCGAGAGGCAGAAAUAGAACAGCAAGGAGGAAAACUAUUGCUUAGAGCUUAAAUCUAAAUUUUAUACGAUAUCUUAUGAUUACACAGAAUUUUAUACAAGUUGUUAUGAUUACACAACAUUUUCUACAAGUUGUUAUGAUUACACAACAUUUUCUACAGCUUGAAGAAAAUGUUGUGUAAUCAUUUGAUUGGUUGAAAAAAUCACACGAUAAUCUCGUGAUAUAAAACAAUAACCUUCUAGAAGGUACUAAUGAGAUUAUAAUUAGAUUUUUAAAAUAAAAUCUAAUUAUAUCACACCUAGAACAUUCAAACUAAUUAAAAAACUUAACCUCCAACCGAGAGAAAAAAAAUACAAUUAACCCAAACCAAAGAAGAAAAGAUUAAGUGAUGAGAUUGAAUUUAAUAUAAAUAUUAUAAUAAAAAAUGACUACUUAUAUAGAAUACGGAGUAACACUUACAGAUGGACAAAAGUCAAAACUGGCUUCUGCGAUAAUAAAUCAAUCACCACUAACUCUUGGAUUAAAACAUUCUCAUCUUCAAGGUUCUGAUGAGUUAAUGUUGACAAAAAGACAAAUUAAUAAAAUAAAAAAAUCACUGGCAAAUGGAACAGGAUCAGAUAUAAAGAUAAGUAAAACACAGAUUAGACGUUCUGUAAAACAUGGUGGAAACUUAUUUUCAUCACUCGCAUCUCUCAGAGCAAAAGUUCUUCCUUACGCAAUAAAAGGAAUUUCAAAAGCUGUUCCUGCAUUAGUAACUGGUGCUGCUACUGCACUCGGAGAAAUUGGAUUAAAUAAAAUAUUUGGGAAAGGAAUCACAAUUCCCCCACAGUUUUUCCCAAUGCUACCACCUCUUGUAAGAGAAUUUACCAAAUCACAAAUAAACCAAAUUAACAAAGCUUAUCAAACAGGUGGUCAAUUAGUUAUAAAACCAACUCGUAAAUAGAUAGAAGGAGGAUUUCUUGGAACUCUUGCAUUUAUUGGUAUUCCAAUGGCAAUUAGUUUAGUAUCUAAGAUGUUUGGUGGGGGGCUUCAAGUUGAUAGACGUGGGUCAUCUAAUACAGCAAAUGUUUACGUUCCACCCACAGAUGGAGGAGGUUAUCCUUAUCGCUCACCACCCUUUAUUGGUACAUGGGAAAACCCAAUAGGAACGGGAGUUAAAAAAAAAAGUCCAAAGGGUCUACUAUUAGGAAAAAACAGCCCAUUCAACUCAAUUCCCAUUCUCGGCACCAUUUUGUAAUUAAACCUCUAUCUAACUAUGACCUCAUGGAAUGGGUAAAAAGACUUGGUGUUAAACAUUUCAGAGGAAUAUAUAGUCGUGAUGGUCUACCAAAAAAAAUCAAAAAAGAAUGUGGAAUAAUCAAUCUAGAUGAUAUAACAGGGCCUGGAACACACUGGGUUUGUUAUAGAAAUAUAGAUUCGGUAGUCGAAUAUUUCGAUCCUUUUGGUUUGAUAAUGCCAAAUGAAGCAUUAGAGUAUUUUAAUACUUCUGGAAAACGUAUUGUUUACUCGAUAGAUGAAAUACAAAAUCGCAGUACUGUUCUCUGUGGUUAUUGGUGUUUAUAUUAUUUAUUCGAGCGACAACAAGGUAAAAGUAUUCUAGAUGUAAUACAUAACCCUCAUUUUGAUAAUGACAACAGCGAUUUUAUAAAGUCAUACUUUGGAGGAUAUAUUUUUUAA